AUGAACGCAACCACCAAGUUGCCAACCCGCGCCACUGCCUCCACGCUUGCCGCCACCGCCGCCCCCACCCGCACCUCCGCGCCACCUGCGGGCGUCGGCCCCGCGCCGCCGGUUAAUAUAUGUCAUAAGCAGCGCGGCGGGGCGCGCGUGGCGGCGCGGCUGCGGUGGGGGCGGCAGCGCGCGGGUGCGGCGGGGCCCGCUGCGCCCGCUCCCCGGCCGCAGCGGGCGCGCAGCAUAGCGGCCCCGUCCGUGGCGGCGGCGGUGGCGGCGGCGGCGGCGCCGGGCGCGGGCGCGGAGAGGGGGCGCGGGCGCCGCGUGUUGAGUUGUAAACUCGGCUGUUCAACCGAGCGGCCGCGCGGGACCCCGCGGCGCCGCCAGCGGCGCACGGAGCACGCAGCCAGCAGUGCGCGUGCAGUGGAUGCGUGUGUGUGUGUCUGUGUCGCGAGUCGCGUGCGUCGGGGACGCGACCAGCGCUCGAGGGAGGAGGAGGAGGAGAAGAAGAAACAACAGUGGUGGGAGGCGAGAGGGAAGGGCAGCGGGAGGGAGCGCCCCGCACCCGCCGUCGCCGCCGCCGGGCCGCGGCCCGUGCAACUUGGAGGCCCUCCUAAUCCGCCUGGAACCCGAACUGAUUUCGCCCACGCACCACACGCGCCCGACGGCCAGCGUCCGCGCACGUGUCGGCUCCGAAUGUCUCUAUCGGCGGGCGCCUGCGCGCGCCCGCCCGCCCGCCCGGGCCACCGCCGCCGACGCCUGUCGACGCACUCGCUCCGCUAA